UUCCCUCCUUAACAGUUUUGGCCCUUUGUCUACAUAAAAUCUUGCAACACCAAGAUUUGCAUACACCUUUUUUUUUUUGGACUUUAGUGUAUUUGUCUACCCGCUCAUGUCCCAUGAUAGAAAAAGAUGAGAAUAUAAAGAAAGAGAGUCUCCAACUUCAAGCACUUAAUUCAAUUCUUACAAUAACUUGAAAAACCCACGAAAAGAACUAUAUAUAUAUAACACUUUCCCAUUCUCUACACUCUAAAGCUCUCUCUUAAAGUUACUUGACCAAAAAAUGGAGGAUCAUUGGGCAUAUUUCUACCAAGAUGAGGGAAUUGAAGAGUUAAGACAUUGUCUGUUGUACAUAACAGAACUAGAGGCUACAAUUCUUUCAGCAAAAGAAGAGAUCACAAGAAGAGAAUUUGAGAUUGAUAAUCUCAAAGAACUUUUAACCAAGACUGCUAAAGAAAGAAAUGAAGCUCAACUUGAAUGCCAAAAGCUAAUGCAGGAAAAACUUGAAGCUCAACUACCUCUGCUAAAGAACCAGCAAAAAGAGCCUCCACUUCUGCAGAAGAACCAGGAAAAACAACUACAAGAAGAAAUGCAAUUCCUCAAGCAAGAAGCUCCGCCAAUUUCUGUAACUUACAGCAAUGAAGAUUCUGAUUCCACUAAUUACACAACUGUUAGUGAACCAAUGAUAGAAUCUCCAUUACCAGAAGUAAUACUAAAAUUAGCAGCAGAAAGGCCUUUGCCUCAAAAAGGUAAGCUUUUGCAGGCAGUAAAAGAUGCCGGACCGCUCCUGCAGACCCUUUUACUGGCCGGACCACUGCCUCAAUGGCAGCAUCCACCUCCACAACUAGACUCCAUUGAAAUCCCACCUGUUACCAUUUCUUCUCCGACGGCUCGGCUAGUUCAUCAAGACUCUUUCAAUAGUUUUAAUGCUUGCUUUAGCAAGAAAAGGGGUUUGGAAAUCUUUGAAAGCCUUAAUUCUUCUUCUUCUUCCCCUAAUAGCAAGCAUCAAAAAAUUGCUUUCCAUUGACAAGUCAAGAAUUUUAUAUGCACAUCUUUUUCAUUCUGUUAUACAUUGGAAAAUUAAGGUAUAAUCAGAAUGAAAUAGAUGGUUAGCAAUAUAAUCAUGUUUUUAGAUUGAAAAUUUUCUCUCUAUAUUUUUAUCUUCUAGAAUUAAAGAUUCUAACUUUUUUUCUUCA